UCCUCCAUAAAGAAUACUCAGGCAUAGAGAGAGAGAAGGAAGUAAUAUAGUGGUAGGUAGUGUAUUUGAAGACGACAUGGGAGGUUGUGGGAGCAAGUCCAGAGUGUUGAAGGAAACAGGGCAACCUAUUAAUGAGGUCAACAUGUCUGAAUCUCAUGAAGCUCAUCAUCAUCAUCAUCAUCAUCAUCAUCAUCAUCAGCUUUCUUCACCCCAUGAGAUCUCCAGCAAACGCCCUUCUCUCAGCUACUUGUUCCACCAGAGUGAAGGUAUGAAAACAAAUACAAGAAGUGAGAAAAGUGAAGACGGAGAGAAUGUGAAAAAAGAAGCGUCAGAAAAGGAAAAGCAAAAAUAUGAAGUGAAGGAGUUAAAUGAAAGGAAUGAAGGAGGGAGACAAGAAUCACUACCAGAAGAGGCUAAGAACAAAUUCUCAGAAGAAACACAAAGCAGUAAUAAGUUACAGAAUUGUGAUGGAAAUGACAGUGAACAGAGAGAUGAAGCCGAGUAGCCUGCAAAAUCAAGUGAGGACUCUAAACCUGAACAAUCAGAGCAAAGCCAUUAAGGCCCAAAUAGGCCCAUGAAAGCACUUUAGGGCCCAGUCAACCCAGGCACCUCUUUUUAUGCUUGGGAUGAAUCAAUAUUUAUUAAGUUUAUUAUGUUUUUAAUUAUUUUUCUCUCAUGCCCGUGCUGAUGUGCAUUGCCAUGCACUUUUGUGCAUAUGUUUGGAUUUAGAUUCAAUGUCAAAUCGUGAUAUGUACAAUCAUUUGAAAAGAAAAAUCAUCUCUUAUUUUUUUUUGAUAA